UCGUCAUCACGUUUCUCAUCAGCUCUGCAACUUCUCCUCCACUUCUUCUGUCUUUGACAAACGGAAUGGGGGAAGGGAAAAGGGGGAGGGAGGAGAGAAAAGAGGAGAAAGCACGACGUCAGAUGUUAGUGGGACGGCUUUAAGUGUGAGGGAGAGUAGGAGGAAUAAGGUCCUGAAGAAAGUUGAGUUUCUGAAUGAGUGUCUGGAAAGUCAAGCUCGGCUGCACCGGGAACAGAAGCAGGGUUUCAAAAACAAAGGACAGCUGCUGAACACACCACGGAACACACACUUUGACUAUACGUUUACUUUGCAGACAUCAUUAUGGCAGAGGGAAGCUGCUUCGGUGCAUUGUAGCAGCCUGUUCGAGAUGACCAGAGCCUUGAAUGAAGGGGGAAAUCAAAGAAGAAAGGAGGGUUAACAUCUGCUCAGAGAGGAUAAGAUCAGCGGCACAUCUGGAUCUGAACAGGGAACUUACAAGACCUUUCUCUUUGUAAGGAAAGGAAUUUAAACCCUCUAAUACCAGCGUUCUGCCUCUACAAGAGCCUAAAAAGGCUUCAAAGAUUUUCUCUUAGUAUUAUUGACAUCUCAGAUAGACUUCCACCAUGUGCCAUGUCAUUGUAACAUGUCGCUCCAUGCUCUGGACACUGCUCAGCAUCAUAGUGGCCUUUGCUGAGCUCAUCGCCUUCAUGAGCUCUGAUUGGUUGCUGGGAUUCCCUCGCUCGGACCCCAGUGCGGGGGGAGCGGAUGUGGAGUCCAGGGAGUACCGACCGUCACUUGGUCUCUACAACCGCUGCCUACGUAUCGGGAGUCGAGGGGUAGGCGUGAGCUGCGGACCCUACGCUAGGACCUUUGGAGAAGUGGCCAGUGGCUUCUGGCAGGGGGCCAUGUUGUUUCUGGCUGCGGGGACAUUAGUGCUGGGAGUGGUGGCCUGUAUCUCCAUCUUCAGCCUGUGCUUCCAGAGCAUCCUGAAGAAGAGCUUGUUCAACAUCUGUGGACUGCUGCAGGCCAUCGCAGGGCUGUUGCUGAUGGUUGGCCUCAUGCUGUACCCUUCUGGUUGGGGUUCGGACAAGGUGAAGAGCUACUGCGGUCCGGAAGCCUCGCCCUUCAUGCCAUCUCUGUGUUCCUUUGGCUGGGCGUUCUACGCAGCAAUAGGAGGAACGCUGGCAACAUUCCUGUGCGCGGUGCUGUCUGCGCAGGCUGAGAUCGCCACCUCAAGCGAUAAGGUGCAGGAGGAGAUUGAGGAGGGGAAGAGUCUCAUCUGCCUGCUCUGAGUGUGCAGGAAAUUUUGGAUUCUCCAGGACUCAUCCAUUGUGUGAUUUCUCUUGUAAAGACACUUGGGGGUUCUGCCUGGAUCAAAUCAACUGAUUAGUGUAAAAAGAGGCCUUGAUAACAUCUACUUUUUUGUUAGGAUGUUCUUUUUUAAAAGCACCUGAACCCUGUAUGGACUUUGGUAGCGCAGCUGGCUUAGGAAAGAUACCUGAUCACUUAUCCAGCAUUUUUUUUUUUUUUUACCAAGAUACUGUUUUGUUAUGUAAUAAUUCUUGCCUUAAACAAACCACUGAUUUUAGUAGUAGGAGAAAUGUUUAAAAAAAGGUAGUGCGUUCCUGUUAGUGUUACUGUGGACAAGUUAAACACUGCCAGUAAAACAGUGUGCAUGUUUGCAACAUCAUUAAAAUAUUCAUUCACAUGGUUCACCUGCAAACCUCAACAAAUCACUGAAUGCAAACAGAUGUGUGCCCACAGCAGCUUGCACAUGUAUUGUGUGUGCGAAAGACAUGAACUGUUGUGUCUGCUGCAUGUUCAUAUGCACUGAAUCUGCCGCACAGCAGGACAGUGAGACCCUCUACCUGCCUGUUGAAAUGUGCCAUUCAAGGGGUUGUUCAUUUUAAAGGGAGUUCCCCCUGUUAAAUGGAUUGUUUGUGGGUCUAUCACAGCUUAUUAACCUUCAGAGUGUGUGUGUGCAGAAAAAGAACAGAGACCGGACAGAUGUUUUCCUUUAGUGAUGUUUGCUCACAGUGAGAUAAAGCAAACGUAGCUUAUCAUGAGCUACCUUAUGGCACACCAUACAAAAAGACCCGGCUCUGAAUAGAUCAUCUUUGUACAUUUUGAAACAGUUUAAAAAGUCAUCUUUCUUUCUUUGGUACUUUUGGAGAAUCACCUGAUCCUGUUCUUUGCACUUGGUCCUUCAUUAAUUUCACAUUCCUGCAAAUUUUGUUCACUUUUCUUUAUCAUUUUCCAAUAAUGCUUCAUUACAUUGCAGUAAAUGUAACAUCGUGUGAUUGCUUGUUUUCAUUGUAGAUGAGAUGUGCAAUAAUUCAACUCUGGUGUGUUUGAUGUGAGGGUGAGUGGACUGAAAGGAAAGAGAGUGAAAUGUUAUGGGUUUUCCUUUUUUUUGUGUGUUGCAUACGAAGCGUUUCUAGUCUUUCUGUGCUUUAAAUUAAUGUUUACUGUCCGCUGUUUUUGUUACAUUAACAAAAAGAGUAACAGCAUCGGUGGCACAUUGUUUGAUGCUGCAUGUAUGAGAGGUUUUAUGUGUGAGGAGAGGCACAGCCUGUAAUUUGUACUCAAUAAACUAGGCUUUCUUUAGUAUA